GUCUGGAGUGCGACUUGGCCAUGAAUCUGGUGGGGCAGCCCCUGGUGAGGCAGCAGGUGAUGAAGGGACUGAGGGAGUUCCUGGAGAACCGGAAUCCAAUGAAACCCCUCGUGAUGUCCUUCCACGGCUCGACUGGAACAGGCAAAACCUAUGUGAGCUCCAUGCUUAUGCGCUACCUCUUCCAGGGUGGGCUCCAGAGCCCCUACGUUCACCAGUUCUCUCCGAUAGUCCACUUCCCUCAUGCUGAGCGGAUUGAGCAGUACAAGGAAAGCCUGAAGCGCUGGAUCCAAGGGAACUUGACAAACUGUGGACGGUCGGCCUUUCUCUUUGACGAGAUGGACAAGAUGCAGCCGGGCCUGAUUGACGUGAUCAUUCCAUUCCUGGGACCCUCAUGGGUUGUGUACGGGACCAACUACCGCAAAGCGAUCUUCAUCUUCAUAAGCAACGCAGGAGGGGAGCAGAUCAACGAAAUGACACUGGAUCUCUGGCGUGCCCACAAGGACCGGGAGGAGAUCAGCCUGCAGGACCUGGAGCUGGCCAUCUCCAAAGCCGUGUUUGAAAACCCUCAGAGUGGAUUCUGGAAAUCUGGGAUCAUUAACGAACAUCUCAUUGAUUUUGUUGUGCCCUUCCUCCCACUGAGGCACCAUCAUGUAAAACAGUGUGUCGUCAGCGAACUUGUCCAGCAAGGCCUCGAAGUACGUCCAGGUGUUGUCCAGGAGGUGGCUGACAGCAUCCCCUACUUCCCAGAAGAAGAGAAAGUAUUCUCAUCAACAGGCUGCAAAACAGUGGCUUCUCGGAUCAGUUUUUUCUUCUAG